AAAAAAUAGAAGAAGAAGAAGAGUAACUGGCAGGUGGCGCAAUCGACAUCGAAAGCAAGUGGCGCAACGAGCGUUAAUAGUAGCUGUAUUUCAAAGUACUAUUAAACAAAUUUGUUGUUAGUUAAUUAUUUGGGCUUUUUUGAGAAUAAAUUAAAUUAUAAAUUGGUCAACAUAUCUUCAAAUGGGUACUGAGCAGUUUUGCUUGAGAUGGGACAAUCACAAAAUAAAUUUAUUGACAGGUUUCGAUGAGCUGUUAUCCAAUGAAGUAUUAGUAGAUGUGACAUUAGCCUGUGAAGGUUUAAGCCUCAAGGCUCAUAAAAUAGUUUUAUCAGCUUGCAGCCCUUUCUUUCAAGCUUUAUUUAUUGAAAAUCCUUGUAAACAUCCCAUUGUUAUAAUGAAGGAUGUCAAAUAUACAGAUUUGAAAGCCAUGAUAGAUUUCAUUUAUAAAGGCGAAAUUAAUGUUACACAACAACAGUUAACAGAACUCCUUAAGACUGCAGAAAUACUAAAUAUUAAAGGUUUGGUAGAUAUUGCGAGAAGGACCAACGAGGGAGAAAUUCUAUUUCCUGUUAACGAGAAUAUGUCGAUGUCACCUUCGACUGACGAAAAGAAAAAGAUUAAAAGGAAGAGGUCUUCGGUCUGUUCCGGUAAUAGUGAUUCUCCGACAAAAAUUAGAGAAAUUGAAUCUUUGGAAAAUGAUAAAGAUUUAACUGAUACGUUUAGAGAAUCUGAAAAUGAUCGGCAACGGGUUUCUUUGGAUAGUUCUUCAUUAACGAGAAAUAAGGAAUUUGAUGAAUCGAUGGAAUUGAACAAUAUAUGUCAUAAUGAUAACUGUGAAGAUAAUUCCCAAUUGGAAGAAACAUCUGAAUUAGAUAUACAUGAAAUACAAGAAGAGGUUUCUGUAUCAAAAGAAGAAAUAAAUGCUGGCAGUUCAGAAUCUCUAUCAAUCUCAAGUAACUUACAAUCAGGUAAAGACCAAAAUAAUUCUGAAGAUGAUGAUGAUGACGAUUUGGAUGAUUCUCAAGAAGAAGAAGAUGGAAAGAAUAAGAAAAUUUACAAGUGUUGUAAAUGUGAAAAGCAGUUUAAAAACAGUUCUACUCUUAGAAGACAUGAACGAAUUCAUUCUGGAGAAAAAUUACAUACUUGUGAAGUUUGUAAACAAGGUUUUAACCAAAGAUCUUAUUUAAAAACACAUAUGAUGACACACACCGGAGAAAAACCUUUCAAAUGUGAUGUUUGUGAUCAAAGAUUUGCCCAGAAGAGUAAUUUAAAACAACAUUUACUUAUUCAUUCUGGGGAUAAACCUUUCACUUGUGAUACUUGCAAACAGACUUUCAAUCGUAUGGAGACUUUAAGAAAACAUACUAGAACUCAUACUGGUGAGAAACCUUUUCAGUGUGAAAUAUGUAAAGAAAAUUUUUCACGAAAAGAAGGAUUAAAAAAGCAUAUUUUGUUACAUACGGGAGAGAAGCCUUUUUCAUGUCAUAUAUGCAAACGUCAAUUCACUCAGCCUUACAAUUUAUAUUCUCAUCUGAAAACAUACAAUAAUGAAAAACCUUUUAUUUGUGAAGUUUGCAAAAAAGGAUUUUCAAGAAAAUAUAAUUUAAAACAGCAUAUGAUACUUCAUGAUGAUAAUGCUCAUAAAACGUAAUAAUCCAAAUUCCACUUUAUUGAGUAUACACAUUUAAAUCAAUCACUGCAUCACUUUUUGCCAAUUGGAGCUCAUCAUCAGAACACCAACAAUAGAAUUCUUAUCUAAAUUGUUUGAAGUUUUUGACUUUUGUUAUCAGGCCAAUAUUUUUGUUUUACUUGAAUCAUUUAACCUAAUGAUGUAUGCAUGAACAGCAAUCAGUGAUUUUGGUAAGAAGUUUAUCACACAUGUUCUCCUGGUGAUGAUCUUGGUUGCUCGAAAGUAUUAGGGAAGUGGCAAACAAUUUUUACUUGUGCUCACUCCAAUAAAACAGAAUUCAGAUUGUAUUUAAAAAGUUAGAGUUUGUCAAAAAGUUAAUGGAAUGGAGUAUUUUCAGAAAAUUUAUGAACACCAAAUGUUAAGAUUUAUUGAAUUAUUAUAAAUGCACUAUGAAUAUAAUUUUACAAUAAAUAAACCAGUUUUAAACAUAUUAGUAUGAAGUUUAUUAAAGAAUUGUAAGAAUUUAACAAAAAAAUGUGUCCACAAAGUUUAUGGAAUUUUGUAACAAUUAAAGUUUGUCAGUUAAUUCUCUUAGUCAAUUGACUUCCCAUUCAGUCUGAUAAUGUUACCUACCAAGUGCACCUGCACCAUUGGUAUAACUUAUUUCUACAGAGUUUCUUUUGAUACAUCAUCCCAAUAUUGCCAUUUCUGGUUUAAGUUUUUCUGCAUAGAAUUACAGUACUACUUUCUAUUUUCAGUAAGACAGUGGUAUAGUACAGUAAAACUUGCAAAUCUGGAAAAUUGUAGUUACCAUCAAAUUUACAAAAUAUCCUAAGGCAAAACCUGUGAGACAUGAAUGGAAAAUUGUUCACUUCUUUUGUUAAUUAUCCAAUCAUCAUUAAACAUCUUAUGCUUUCUAUAUAUUUUGGUGUAAAGAGUCAUUUUUAAUAAUAUAGAGCCUAUUAAUCAGGGCCUGUACAAUGGAUGAAGUGAUGAGGCGACUGCUUCAAGUGGCAAGAUGAGUGGGGGGCAGCCAAAGAUGUUCAAAGAAGAGAAAAUAAUAAGCCAAAAACAGAAGUUCCUUAAAUAUAGUUU